GCAGACGGUCCAAGACAGACGGACAGAGAGACAGGGCUGGCUGCAUUCUUGUUCCUCGAGCGGAGAGAUUUAAAUCGUUUGGCUUCUGGACAUUUGUUUGACUAGCCGACUGAAUGCAGGGUGUUAAUAUGAAUGUCUUUCAACAGCUUGAGGGAAAGUGGUUCUCGUGUUCCACUUGUGGAUUGUAACUGUUGCUUAUCUUUGAUAGACUCGCAGACUCUUGCAACAUUUCCAGCAGGAAGUAAAACCAUUACCGCGAGUCUUCUCUGCCCUUCGCUGCGUCCACGUGUUGUUUAUUUUGUUGUUGGGUCUUGCACUGAUUUCAGGUGAAUGUUACAUCAUUGCCAUCUGGAAAUUAUUUUCACAACGGAAGAACCGAAGUGAUGUUCAGCCUGAAAACAAGUUGGAUCACGUGGAGCCUCUGCCUGGCCUCUGUCCAGAUCUGAUUCCCUGGCUUGCUUCAUCACUUUAUAAAAAAAGCAAAAGAGAGCCUUAAAAGGUUGAAGGAGAGGAACGGAGAGACAGAGUGAGAGUGAUUGAGGGAGGCGAGCGUUUCCUGUAAUCGCAUCAUGAAGGCGGCGUUGUCCUCCUCUUCCUGUUUUCUCUCAUGUCUCAGACACAGUCCAGGUGACACAAGCAGUGAACGACGUGGAUCUUCUCUGUCGUUGCAGACACAGGGACACCACUCUGCUUCGUCACAGCCACAAAGUCUGUGCAGGAUGUCCGAAGGAGACGUUACAGUGCUGCCGUUCGCUCCUGCGUCUCUGGACCUGUCCAGACAGGAUCACCGGACUCUGACUAGACUGUACAGCCAGAACGGAGGAUACCACCUGAGGAUUUUAACAGAUGGAACUGUGAGUGGCGGCAGACAGGACAACGACCCAUUUGACGUCCUGAGGCUGCAGGCUGUGAGCGUAGGAGUGGUGGUCAUCAAGGGCGAGAGGACAGGAAGGUACCUGGCUAUGAACAAAAAUGGACGCCUCUACGGAUCACAAGCACUGAACGAUGAGUGUUACUUCCUGGAGAAGUAUGAAGAAAACCACUACAACACAUAUUGCUCUCAGAAGUACAACUGGUACGUCGGGCUGAAGAGGAAUGGCCAACCCAAAGCAGGACCAGACACCCACCAGGGUCAGAAGGCCAUCUUUUUUCUGCCAAGACCUGCGGGCAACAUGUAAAGUGAGACGGGACCAGGAACUGUAGACACGCUCACUGAAGUCUUUAUGUGCACAUUAAUGGUGCAAUUUUACGCCGGGGAAAGUAUCUUGUUUAAAGGUCACUUAAAGUCAGUACAAUAGGGCGGUGAAGCCUCGGGCAAACAUAUAAUGCUGUUUUUACUGUUAGUUUAAGCUUUAUAACCUAAAUGUUUCUUCAUUCCUCUUGUUUAUGCAGGAAAUAUGUGAUUCCAGUACUGUAUUUGAUCAUCACAGGAGUAUGAGCUGAUAUCUGAAUACUUUCUGCUUAUAAGCACAGACACAGCCUCUCUGUGCAGACAGAAAAUGUGUGCAGUAUCAGUGCAUGUCAGCCUUGAUAAAUGGGUGUUCACUUUGAACCCCAGUAUGAAAUACCACUGCUGGAAGACAGCAACAGGCCGCUUUUACACAGAAAUACUUUAACAAUUGAUCACGUCUGGCACAAAGGAAACCAACAAGGCAGUAAACAUAAAAGGGCCGACCAUCUGGCGUUGAAUUCAAACUCGAGCAAACAAACUCUACAGUACUAAUAAUAUGUUCCUGCAGUACCGGAGGCUGCGUUUCCAGGACCCUAGUUUUCGUGACAGCUAAGUUUUAGAGCUGUAGCAGUUUAGAUUAUGGGUCAGUAGAUGUGUUUCCAAUAAAGUGAGAAUGAAUUUUGAAGCGAAGUUUUAAAAUGUCGCAUUAAAGAAAAUGUUAAGUGGUUAAGAGCAAAUAAACAAAACUGCAUAAACAUACUUUGGCCAGGAGAUGGCAGUGUAAUGUGUUGCUGGAGGCUAAUCUGUCAGUAAACAGUAGUAGAAGAAGAGAUUGACCAAGAGAGAAAAACAACAACAAUGGGACUUUGGCCACCCAAGAGAGAAAAUGGAGAGUCUUUAGGAAUUGGAUUCAAUUGGGCAACUUAUAAUUCUUCUUAUCUUAACAACUUAUAAUAGUUCAUGUCAGCUCGUCUUGACCGGCAGAGCAGAAUCAGCUGAUCAGUCAUGCAGGUGAAAGUUUGUUACGUCAGAACUAAAUCGUUUCCAUCUCCAGUUUAGCCCAUUAUCUAUUUUUUUAAAUAGACGGAAACCACCUCAAGCAAUCAUUAAAACUUUUAUGCACAUUUUCGGAAGUUUUAUCAAAUUUUCCAUGAAGCUUUUUCAUGAGAAUUUUCAAAAUGCGCAUAGAAAUUUGUUGACGUAAACACGACUAGGGUUCAGGCUAGUUACUAUGUCAACUGACAAAAAUGGGCAGUGUCUAGUGGAAAAACUAGUGUCCUACAAAUCUGCUUCUGAAACUACAGCCUUCAGUACUGCAGGAACAAGCUACUACAGAACAGGGAAUGCAACAUGCUCAUAUGAUAUCUUACGAAAACAUAUGCAAAGCAGUUCAUAAGACAGUUCUGUAUAACAUUGUGAAACAGCAAUCACCGUUUUAAACAUGUGUUAAUGUUUACAGUUAUAUAGCAGUAAACAACUUUUUACUAUGCAAAAACAUAGUGGAGUAAUGGAGUCCUGACCAAAGACAGAAGUCACGCUCUGACCACGUGUGUUUCAAUUCUUCUUUGUUCUUAGAUAACAUAAAACAACACAUUUUUGUGGUAGCCAAGGUAGUUUAUAUGCUCUGAAUUCCAUGUACAGACACUUUGUGUUUAGGCAACAAAACUACUUCGUAAAAGUUUAGAAAACGAAACUGUUUUUUGUGUUAAGAACAACUACUUCUGUACAUAACUAGUGGUGUUAACUUAAAAUAACAACCUUGACUUUUCUUACACAUGUGACAUAAACACCGGCCUCUCCACCCCUCCCAUUGACACUAAACGCUCUUUCUCUGUCUUUAUACUGCGCUGCCUCAUUUCCUGCUUUCCUUCCAUCCCGUCAUACUCACUAUGACCACUAGAGGUCGUCGUCUAACAACACAUGUCAAUGUGGUUCGUAAGAAGCUGUGCCUUCUGGAGAACAAUUACUAUAACUAUGAACAAUGAGAACAGCCUGGGGGAAUAAUAGUAGUAAUUGAUGUAUUUCUGUGCCAAAAAAAAACCCAAUACGAUAACACACUGUGUUAGAAAACACUUUAAUAUGUAAUUAUAUUGUUUGUAUGUGCCUAGUUGAGCUGACAGUCUAAAAUGCAGAUGUGAAAAUCUUGUUUCAGUCAUCAGUAAGGUUAUUUUUGAGUUAUAUGUUCAUGAAAAGCUGGAACCAAAGAGGAAUUUAACAUCUUUGUGACACCAAAUGGUCAAGUGUGGCUUGUUUGAGGCGGAGACGGACCAAAUAUUGACCAUUCUGUCCCGGACCAUGCACAAAAGCCAUAAAAAGUUUCUUUUCACGAAGCAAAAUGGCUCAGCUUCACAGCCCGACAGAUAUUUCUGUAACCAUAUAUCUUGUUUUUCCAGAAACACAUGUUACUGUUACAAUAUACUAGGUUAAAUUACUAUUGUGAAUAUUUAUUUAUAAAGUUUAGUUGCUAAUACAAUUUAAUUCUGCUGAACACUGCAAUGGACAUUUUUAAAAUAAUAAUUUAUACAUAAUAGCUGUAGCUAAAAAGGUAAUAUGUUCACCUUUUCACAAAGUAAUACAUAUUGUAUUAACUGUACUUAAAUAUAUGAAAUAAAGUCUGCAUUAUUAUCCAUAAAAAUAAUAAGUUUGACUUGCUGUAGCUAUGAAUAUAGACAUGUGAAUAAAAUUUUACAAGUG